AACAUUAAAAUAAAGUUACAGUUGGUUGUUGUUCGAAACAUUAUUGAGUUAGUGAAGAAGAACGCGACUGCUGUGCACCCUGACUUGUUGACUCUAGAUGGAGUGUAUUUCCACAUUUUUGUCACGUAAUAUAAGUUACUCACGGCGUGUUCGGAGUCGACUAGUAGUUGAGAUACCUAAAUCCUUUCAAGCAUUUUAGAUAGAAAGCCUUUCCCUAUCUUUUCGAUAUGGAUGCGGAGAAGUUGCACCGUCUGGUGUCGAAUAAGCUAAAGAGCAUCAAUUGUUUCAUAGACGAGGAAUUGCCAGAAUACAUCUUGACGAUGGUGGAAAAUGAAAAGCCACCCUCGGCUAUGGUCAAUGACCUUUCUCUCUUUCUGGCUGAACAUUCGCAGUCAUUUGUGGAUUGGCUCCAACAGCAAGUGAGCAAGGAGGACGGGAAGAGAAAGAGUGUCAACGAAGCAAGAGGGUCGGGGUCGUCCUCUAAAAAGCAUAAGCCGCCCACUAGCCCUGCAGCUGCAAACUCUAAGUCUAAGGCAACGCUUGCUGUCCAAGCCAAGGGUGCGUUAGUGAGGUCAGCGGCUUCGCCAUCAUCUGUAGGCGUUGUAACCCCAUCCAGUGUUGUCAGUGUUGUGUCUAGAAAGCAUGUAUCAGCACAGCCGGCUAGGAGCAGUGCUGAAAAGCCUGUGGCGAAGUCCACUACUAGUACCGCAGCUGCAAGCAAACGAGGAACAGGCCCUACGUCUGCCUUGCGCCUUUUAACUAGGGCAAUGGAUGGUGCAAACAAAGACAGUGAGAAGGCAUUAUCAGAGCCCAAGGAAAUACCCGCCAUUAGUAAGGAUGAAAGUCAGUCAAGUGGAAAUGCGGUUGAGAAAUCCGUGCUUACCCUGACAACCCGCAAGCAUCGGCAGAAGCAGGUCAUUGCUGCUGAAAAGUCUCAUACAAGUCCAGCUGAGACCCACAGUGCACACGGAUCAGCAAACCCUGUGCAGUUUAAGGUGACAAUGAGCGGCAAGCAGCACGUAGCAAACAACAACGGGCAAGGCACAAGCCAGCAUACACGUAACAGUGCCAUUGUUAUUGAGGAUAAACCAGCAGCUAGCGUUCCCCGGAAGACACAAUUCGUUGUCACUUUAAAUGGCAAGAAGCAGCCUCAGCCGUCUGAUCUCCCGCAACCCAGUCCCGCUGCCGCACUCGUAGUGACUGUCAACCAAGAUUCCCUGAAGCAAAGUAGCAACUCCACCGGUGCUACAGGCUUGAAGUGCACAGUUCCUACCAACCAGUCUGCAGCGGCCGAUAUGCACCUCGCACAUGCAAGUGGUAGAGGUGCUGUUAGCGCUGGCAGUAGUAGUUCUGGGAAUUAUGACAUGGUCAUCACUGUUCCUGUGUUGCGAAAACAAGCCAAGCCCCCUUCGAUCUCCAGGGGCAGUGACGCGACUACUCCGUUACUUGUGCGUGCUGAAGCACAGCAGCCUGUUGUUAAUGUCCAGGAUUCUCCAUCGGACUCGCCGUCAAACUAUUCUAUAUCUUCAUCUCGUUCGUCAUCAAGCCUAGGCUCAUCAUACAGCAGCGACGGCAGCAGUGGAAGUAGCAGCAGCGGUAGUAGCUACACCAGUAGUGACAGUGACGGCGGAAUGAGUCUUUCAUUGGACUCUGAUGAUGAUGCGGACCACGCGGGAAGUAAUUCUCGUGUUCCUGCAAAGAAGUCAGCACCCAUCGCUGUGAAGAAAGUGACAGCACAGACUGGCGUGAAAAGCGUAGCAAGUAGCACAAAGCCCAAGCCAUCUAGUAGGCCGCUCUCUGUAGUCAUUGCUCCGCAGAAAAGGCCAGCAGCGCCUACGUCCGGUGCACCGCCAGGAAAGAAAUCCGUUUCGCAUACUUCAGGCAAAUCUGACGGCACCGGGGCAUUGGUCGUGAAGUGCCGAAGUUUUCCAAACUGCCCUUACGGUCGGGCUUGCAGCUUUGUUCACCCAGACUGUCCCGCUGCAAGCCAGUGCCAUGAUAAAUCCUGUCCCUACAACCACACAGUUGCUAAUCCAAGGCCGACGGCAGCGACUUGCAAGUAUGGCGUCAACUGCUCUCGGCUGGACUGCCCCUAUACGCACCCAACAUCCGAUAUGUGCCGCUUUGGGAUAAAUUGCACGCGUCGCACUUGUACCUUUCGGCACCCCUCUUCAAACCGCGCCUGGGUUAAAGCUUAAUUGGCCUGUACCAGCUAUUGUACAACUGCAUGAAGUUAUCAUGGCAUGAUCUGAUCCUGUAUUCACCAUGCUGUACUAGUCCAAGUGAAGAAAUAAAGAAGAUUUAUUGGGUUUAUAUUAUGAUUGCAUCGUCAAAGCUCAAGAUUUAAAAAUAGAAAUCACUAAAACAAUGUUCCUGCAAUCCAAAGAUCAACCAUACUCGUACUUGUACAACUUGAAUAGUUUUUUUAGCCCUGUGUUUUCCUAUUAUUAUUUUAUAGUAAUGCAAUUACUCAAUCUACGUUUAUUAUGUGCACGUCUUCUUCUUCUUGCUUGUACAACAUGUACAGCCAUGCAGACUGUGUACUUUCUCCAAGACAAUGACGUUCCAGUGCCCUUGAUUACAGACAGGUCUACCUCACUGGCCAAUUGACCAUGAUGAUCUUGGUUGCUAACUACUUGUAGGCUGCUGCACCUGCUCCGGGGAUACCAUCCUCAGUGGAUCCCUGUAGAUAUCUUAAGACAUUGUCACAAUGCUCCAGGCCUGAAGAUAAUAUCGGUCAUAGACCGGACACGCACGGUGACGAACAAGUGUGUGCAGGACACGUUCGCAUUCCUCAGCCCUUGCUGCACUGUUGCUCACAUGUCAGGCCAUUGAGCGGAUUCAUCAGCCAAACUAUUCUUCAUCCACGCUGCGGCACAGGGAUCACUUCCAUACUACUCCUUGUCCGGCGGGGGAUAUGGCCACUGAGUCGGUGCACUUGACACUUCACUGUCCUUCUUGGCAUCAGCUUUCCCCGUAUACAGCCCAAUGUUGGGUUUGUAAGCAGGAUUGUAUUGGUUACUGGUUAACCAAUCAAAAAGCCUUGGUCUCCCGUUGUAACCGACGUCAAAACAGCUGAGCAUAACAGCUAUCAUUCCAAAUUUCCAG